UACAAGACGCUGGUGAAUCAAAGACAUGAUGUCGGAAGCUGAUUAGUUUUCGAGAAAUGUAUAUUAUGUGGCUAGUUCGAUGGUCCAAGAUCGUCAACUAAUGGAGCUUCAAAUACUAUAGCAUGUUUUUAAUGAUUUUGAGUAUCCUAUUUUUACGACCUAUCCAAUUAUUUUACUUUGCAGCCAUUGAAAACCGAGUGCGUUGUAUUGGCGGGAUCUAUGAAUCUGUUAGAGGUAUAUAUGUUUUUAAGGAGAACACAAUUUGCAGUUUUGGUAGUUGUAUAAUCUGUAACGGUUGCAACACAUUAUCGAAUGUUAUUGUCGCGGAAUGAUACAAAAACACUGUUAAAUGCUAUGUUGUUAACCUAACCAGGUAUACGAUAACAUUGCUUCAGAUGUCUCAAAACGUUUCUGAAAAUGACAUAUGGGAAUAUCAGCCUCUGAAGAAAAAGAAAAGACUGGACACAGAGAGACCUGAAUCUUCUAAGGGACCCCUGGCUAAGUACAGAGAAUUUUCCAAAAGGAUAACCAAAAAAGAAACUUCCAUCCUAGUUAAAAACACUGUCAGAGACAUGAAACUAACCCAAGUAGAUUAUAGUAAAGACGUCAAUGUGAAGGCAAAUGAGUCCAUACACAAUAAAGAGGUGGUGUGUAUGACACAUUUAACCCAAAAUAUCACCUCUUCACAGUCAAUCCAAGAGAAUAUUAGUACACUUGGUACAGGAAAGAAGGUGUACCAGGCAUCUUCCCUAGGAGGUUUCUGUCCAAUUUGUCAGAUGCCAUUCUCCAUAUUGGUGGUGCAAUCUCAAAGAUGGCAUGUAGCAGAAUGUCUUGACACUCCUGGGGAUGACAGCAAAGAAUGUCCUGAUGGUUUCCAGUGCUCCUCUACAAUUCCAAGCCACUACAAGAGAUACAGCCACUCCAUUCUUGCCCAAACCCGAGCAAUCAGUGACACAGCCCUCUUAAGUGUUUCACAGAAUAGAGAAACAGAUGAGUUGCCUUGCUUCAGCCUCAGUGGGCACAAUGUGAUCGAUCAGAGGGCCAGCUUGGCCUUGGAGAGCUUGCAGGAAAGUGCUGUGACACUGUCCAACCAGAGUUCUUCUAUUAAUAAUGGACACUUAAGAGUUACAACCAAAAAGCCAAAUGCUCUUCAGCUGCUCCGGUCUCCUGCUGUUGGAGACAUCCGGAAAAAAAAGGGCUGGAAACCUAUCAAAGGAAUGAAGUCAACCAAUGCCUUCCAUGAUUAUAAAACAAAAGUAUCAGCCCCUGUUAACAACAUUAGUGGAUAUGACUGCAUUGAGGUUGGUUUUGUCAAAGCAGAGGCCUCUGCUUCAAGUGAUGAGAUUUCCUAUUCUCCAAUAUCUAGGUUUGUUAAUAGAACACAACCAAGAAAAUCUUUAUUUCCAAAUGAUUUGUUUGAAGAUGGAGACAAUUAUGACUCAGUGUUGUUGUUCAAUGACAGUGUCUCAAAUGAUGAUGGCUUAUUUUCCGGUCUUGCUCAUUCUGAAACAAAGGAAGUCGUGGGUUCUCCAUUCAACACCGACACCCAAUUAGUGUCGAGUAGCCUGCUAAAGCCAAACAAUCAUCCACCUAGCUCCUCAAAAGGAAUGCAUACAGAGGAUAAUUUUAAUCCCUCCACUGCUAGUCUUUCAGUGCAGUCCCCACAAAGAAUUGUAUUAGAACGGCUUCGGGACCACCUUUUAAGUCCAAGUAACAAUAGUUUCCAUUCCAAAAGCUUCUAUCACUGUUCCGGUCACACAAAUACAGAAUUAAACAUGCCAUUACCUCAUGUGCCUCCAUCUUCACAAGCUUUUCCCACCACCCAUCAAUCUCAGGAAACCAUGGAACCUAGAAAGGGCCAGGUCAAGGCUGUGGUGUCUGGGCUCAAACAGACUGAUAUUGGAGUGUUUUUUGGGUCCAGGCCUCUAAAAGACAAAGACAAGGAGCAGGAGGCUGGAACUGGUACUGUUUUACCUGGUGUGAGCCUACAGCAGGCUUCUGUAGUUGAAGAGAACCAGCAAGGCCAUAGGGGACUUCAGAGGAAAGGCAGAGGUGCGAAGGGCACUCCUAAAGUUGUAAUGCUUUCAGCCAGUGGAAGUACACAGUGUCUGAGGGAUGGAGGGAGAGGGGGAAGAACAGGUGAAAGAAAGAGGUGGAACCGGGGGAGAACAGAUGGAGAGCCAAGGGAGCACAAGCGCUGCCCUUUCUAUAAAAGGAUUCCAGGCACAAAGUUUGCUGUGGAUGCUUUUCAGUACGGGCUGGUAGAGGGCAUCACCUCAUACUUCCUAACACACUUCCAUUCUGAUCACUAUGGAGGCCUUAAGAAGAGUUCUACAUUCCCUAUCUACUGUAACAGAAUCACAGGUAACUUGGUAAAGAGUAAGCUGAAGGUGGCUGAGCAAUAUGUACACAUCCUGCCCAUGAACAUCCAGGUCACUGUGGAUCAGGUCAAAGUCACCCUGCUGGAUGCCAAUCACUGUCCAGGGGCUGCCAUGCUGCUGUUUUUCCUGCCCGAUGGCCAGACGGUUCUGCACACAGGAGACUUCAGAGCUGACCCAUCUAUGGAGGACUACUAUGAGUUGAUGAACUGCCGAGUCCAGACACUCUACCUUGAUACCACCUACUGCAGUCCUGAAUACACAUUCCCCACGCAACAGGAGGUCAUAAACUUUGCAACCAACACAGCCUUUGAAUGCGUAACCCAACACCCUCGCACUCUGGUGGUGUGUGGUUCCUAUUCAGUGGGCAAAGAAAAGGUUUUCUUGGCUCUGGCAGAGGUAUUGGGCACCAAAGUGUGUAUGUCCAAGGACAAGUUCAACACCAUGUGCUGUCUGGAGUCUGAGCGCAUCCGGCAGCUUAUUACCACCGCCUGGGAGACAGCCCAGGUCCAUGUACUACCCAUGAUGCAACUCAACUUCAAAAACCUGCAGGCUCAUCUAACUAGGUUCUCAGGACAGUAUGACAAGCUACUGGCCUUCAAGCCUACAGGCUGGACCUUCAGUCAUGGUGUGGAGGAUGUCAGACCAAAGGUUCAAGGCAACAUCAGCAUCUACGGGAUUCCUUACAGUGAGCACAGCAGCUACCUGGAGCUGAGGCGUUUUGUUCAGUGGAUUCAGCCCCUCAAGAUUAUCCCCACUGUCAAUGUGGGCAGUUGGGCUUGCAGGAAGGCCAUGGAAAGAUGCUUUCAUGAGUGGCUAACAGAGGCUAAGGCUAACAAUUUUAAAGGAAUCCAAAAGAGGACCCCUUAGUAUUUACACACAGCCAAGUGCAAACAUAAGCUAUGACACAAUGCUUACUAAUGGUUAUGAUCACUAACAUUAUUAGAUUAUGAUUAAUAUAGUUUUGAUCUUGCAGGGUGGCCUGCAACCAGCUUUUCUUUUCAACUGGGCCUGAGAAAUGUUUGGCCCUAAAUAACUACUGGAAUGUUUCACCUAGAGACAUCUAUACAUUUCAGAUCUUUUUAGAUAUGUAGGGUGGCAAUACUAUGCAAAUUCCAGCUGAUCUCUUGGGAUGUCAGACCGAUCUCUUAUUCAGCAGUACAUAGUCACAAGAGAAUUGGACUGUAGUCACCAUGGUCACCCCCUAUUUCAUAGUAGUUCUGCUUCUCAAUCAAAAUGAAUAAUACUUUUUGGUGCUGUGUAUAUGGUAUGCCAUCGGUCUUUCUCACUCAGUUUCAUAGGAAGAAUUCUGUAUUGAAUAAAUGGUUAUCUUUCUCUAAUGUUUAGUAAAGCAGUUGUUCAUCGAAACAAAAUAUACUGUAAUAUAGAUUCUAAUGAACGAGUCUAUUGCAAGCUGGUAACAUUUGUACAUGGAAAAAUCAGUAAAUCUACUUCAUUUGAUAUUCACUGUUUCACAAAAUCUGAAGUAAUGAUCCAAAAUGUUGGAAAUUGAUGGACUUUCAUCAGCAAUUAUUGUUAUUUUAAUUAAAUAUUUAAAGCUGAAUAAAAACCAAUAUCUACAGUUUGUUGACAUGUAUAAAUCGCUUUAAAGUAAUUGUUGGACUCUUUUUCUUUGCAUGCAUUUAUCUCUCUCAGGAAGAGCGGGGUUGAGCAAGUAUGAGUGCAGCGUCGUCUGGUUAUAUUGCUUUCCACCCACUAUGUGAUUUGAUAGAAAAAAAUAUUACCUGCAUACAAAAAUGAAAGUUGGGUCAUAGCUUAAACACAACAUUGGGGAAACUCAAACAUUCACUGUAAUUAACAAAUUCGUUGCAUUUUAUGUAUUUUUUUGUUCUGUGUAAUUUGAAUGCA